UUUUUUCUUUGUAGAACCAAAGUUGCAAUUUCAGCCACCACAUCAAAUACAGCACAGAGUUAUGAACACGGAACAGAAUGGUAUCAAAGAGAAUCAUUCAAGACACAUUUCUCGGAAUGAUAUGAGGCAACCAAGGAAUGAGAAACCCCCUCGUUUUCAACGGGAUAUUCAAAACUCAAGGCAGGCUUUGGAAAGUGGUGGGUUACCAAGAAACAGAGGUCCUGAAAGGCACAGCUCUUUAGAACACUGGACAGAUGAAAAAAAUAAGAGUGAGAGACAUUAUCCUAGAAGUGAUAGGCCAAAGGAUUUGGGUUAUCCCAUAGCCACUCACCAGAGUGAUGCUACAUUCAAAAAAAGGGAUAACAAUAUGCAAAAUAGAGUAGGAAAAGGGGUGUCUUUCACAGAAUUCAAGGAGAACUCUGUUGCUCAAGAUACUACCGACAACAAUAACCCGAAACGUGGGAAAAGGGAAAACCAAAUACACAAUUCUGAAAAUUUUUGUGAUAGGAAGGCACGAACAGUAAGUAGUGAAGCCUUUUUGGUAAAAAGUGAGCAACAUUUUGGUGAUUACCAAAAUCCUGUUAGAACUGAUAAUUUUCAUGCUGUACCAAAUGGGGAUACUGAGCAUCAUCAGAAAGGAAGACGAGUAGGACUUAUUAAAUCAUCAGGACCCACCACAAUCCCAUCUUUUGAUGAUAAGAUGUUGUAUUACAACACUGGUCCCAAAAGGAGAUCUGGGCCCAUCAAACCAGAGAAAAUACUAGAACCAUCAAUUCACAUGGAGUAUGGAAAAACUUGGAGACCAGGGGAUGAAUGUUAUGCUCUUUAUUGGGAAGACAACAAGUUCUACCGGGCAGAAAUUGAAGCUCUCCAUUCUUCUGGGACAACUGCAGUUGUUAAAUUUUCUGAUUAUGGAAAUUAUGAAGAGGUGCUUCUCAGCAACAUCAGGCCUGUUCAUACAGACACAUGGGAGGAAGAAGAAGAAACAUAUGAGCAAACUCUAGAAUUCCGCAGAGGAGGUGAUGGUCAGCCAAGACGGUCCACACGGCCUACUCAACAAUUUUAUCAACCCCCAAGAGCUAGAAACUAAUCAAUAAGGAAUAAAAGCAACCUUCUCGGGGUGGGGGAAAUUCACUGGCAGCUCCAACUUGCUUGAAGACUUCUAGAAGAAAUUCUGGCAACAGGAUGGAACAAAGAAAGCUCGUGUGAGCCGAAGGAAUUUGGACCUGACACCACAAGAGACUUUUUUAAAGUUCUUAGUUACAUGAAGCUGAAUACUUUUUACAUAUGAAAGAGGCAAAUUGUCAUUGCUGCCAUCAAUAAAACCACAGUGCAC